GUGACUGGAGCAGGAAGCGUUUACUGACGGUGCACCGAGUCGUUUAUUUAUGUCACCACGGGGCAGUGGGACAUUUGUACGGGAAGCUCAAUGGCCCUGGGCAAAGUGCAAAGUCUACCCUUCACCAGUACCCACUGAUGAUUACGCUCGUAACGACAUUACUGCACCACAUCGCCCGCUCUCAGGAGACUUUCAAACGGCUGCAGAAGGAGACAUUGCCGAGGGAUUUAUUGUUUAUCUAUAUUGUCUUUGGAGAUUUGUGAGUUUGGACGGUUAGGACCACAGCAUGUUUGUGGCUGUGCUCCUGCUCCUGGUCACUCUGAGUGUCCAGGGAGGAAAUGGCGAGGAGAAAGCAGAGGCACAGAGACCCGGCCAUGUUUCCGUGGUGAUCGUAGGCGCCACAGGGGACCUGGCGAAGAAGUACCUGUGGCAGGGCUUCUUCGAGCAGUACGUUAACCAAGUCAGUGGUGGAAACACUUUCUCCUUCUACGGCGGGGGACUGUCACCUGCCAGCACCGCCACACCGGUCUUCUUUGAGAUCGUCCAGGCCGUGUCCUGCUCAAAGGAAACAUCCCCCAAUCGCUGUGCCGUGCUGAAGGAGCAGUUCCUGCGGCUCGCUGAGUAUCGGCAGCUGAAGACCUUAGAGGACUACCAGGAACUGGCAAAGAACAUUGAGAAAGAGCUUCAACAGGAGGGAAUACCGGAGGCAGGCCGGCUCUUCUACCUCUCUGUACCUGCCUUUGCAUAUGCGGAUAUUGCUGAUAAGAUAAAUAACAGCUGCAGGCCGGCCAGCGGGGCGUGGUUGAGGGUGGUGCUGGAGAAACCUUUCGGGCAUGACUUCAGGAGCGCUCAGCUUCUUGCAUCUCAGCUCGGGAGCUCCCUGAAGGAUGAAGAAAUGUUUAGAAUCGACCAUUACCUGGGGAAGCAGGUGGUUGCAAAAAUUCUUCCAUUCAGAGUGGAGAACAAGAAGUAUCUGGAUCCCAUCUGGAACAAGCACCACAUCGAGAGAGUUGAGAUUGUUUUGAAAGAGACCCUCGAUGUUAAAGGUCGUAUUCCCUUCUAUGACCAGUACGGGGUGAUCAGAGACGUGAUGCAGAACCACCUGACUGAGGUCAUGACCCUGUUGACCAUGAAGCUUCCUGUGAAUAUGAGCAGCACGGAGGAGGUGCUGCAAAACAAGCUGCAGAUCUUCAGUAAUCUGCUGCCGAUAGGCAAGAACCAAGCUGUGACCGGCCAGUACAAAGCGUACAAAACAUCAGUGCAGCAGGAGAUGAAUAAGACCAACGAUCACGUCAGCCUCACUCCAACAUUUGCAGCUGUGUUGGCACACAUCGAUGAGGCUCAGUAUGAAGGUGUGCCAAUUAUUUUGAUCUCAGGGAAGAUGUUAGAUGAGCGAGUGGGAUACGCACGCAUACUUUUCAAGAACACCGUCUUUUGUCUUCAAAACCACAACAGCGUUCACUGCAAGCCCAAACAGAUAGUUUUCCACUUUGGUCACGGCCAACUUAAAUAUCCAGCCAUUCUUGUGAGUAAGAAUUUAUUCAAGCCCGUUUUAAAGGAAGGUCAGUGGAAGGAAGUGACUGAGCAUACAGAUGUCGAUGUUCUAGGUUUACCUAUUUCAGACUAUUAUGUGCAGACCCCAUCAGAGAAUCGAGAAGCUUAUUCAGAACUUAUUUCUCAAAUUUUUGCCGGACGUAAGAACAGUUUCAUUAGUGCUGAAAACCUGCUUGCCUCCUGGGGCUUAUGGACGCCGCUGCUCACCAGUCUAGCAGGCUCUUUCCCCCGCAUCUACCCCGGGGGGACCGACAACGGAGACAUGCUGGACUUGCGUGUGAAAGGGAAAGACAUUAGCUACAGCAGUGAGGUGGUGAUAAUCAGUGCUGAUCAGAUGAGCGGCACGUCAGCAAAAGAUUUCCAAGUGAUGCAAGGCAAGUUCCGCAGUGCUGCCAUGGUGUCGGCCUGGUCCGAGGAGCUGGUGGAGAGGCUGGCCGCAGACAUCCAGGCAUCAGCGGAGGCAGCGGUGCGUGAAGGCGGCGUUUUCCAUCUCGCCCUCUCCGGUGGCUCCUCUCCUCUCGCUCUGUUCCACAGGCUGGCCCUGCACCACUUCUCCUUCCCCUGGAGGGACACCCAUGUGUGGAUGGUGGACGAGCGCUGCGUACCUCCCACUGAACUGGAGUCCAACUUCCACAGCCUGCAUGACCAUCUGCUGCAGCAUGUGAGGAUCCCUUAUUUCAACAUCCACCCCAUGCCAGUGCAGCUCAACCAGCGCCUGUGUGUGGAGGAGGACGCAGGAGCGCUGCUGUACGAGAAAGAGGUCAGAAAGUUAGUCAAUGGCUCCAGCUUCCACUUUGUGCUGCUGGGGGUGGGCUACGACGGCCACACUGCCUCUCUGUUCCCGGACAGUAAGGUGUCUGAGCUCGGGGACCGUCUGGUGGCCCUCACUGAGAGCCCCGUCAAGCCUCACCAGCGCAUGAGCCUCACUUUCAGCGCCAUUAACCCGGCGCGCACGGUGGCUCUGUUGGUGAUGGGCAAAGGCAAGCACGAGCUGAUCACCCAGCUGAGCAGGAUGAAGGACAACCCCGACAAGUGGCCCGUCACUGGGGUGAAGCCUGACGAUGGAAAACUGGUCUGGUAUAUUGACUAUGAUGCACUUUUAGGAUAGGAAUCACAUUCCUACCUUUCAAUCGGAAUAAAAAUGAUUGAGCUGCUUAAAUUGGACUGCUGAUUGGUGAAAGCAAAUAUGAGCCAGCACACAUGUUUUAACUCAUUAACCAGAAAUAAUCGCAUGUACUUGAUGGUUACACUUUCUAUGAUGUCUAUUCCAUUUUUUUUUUUUUUUUUAUAUACCUAUAAUUCCUUAUUGGCUUAAUGCACUGCAUACUCAUAGUUAUUAGCACCAAUAAAUAGAUAUAAUGCUUUAUAAAAAAUUAUUAAAACACAUACUUUAUUAUUGCUUUAGACUCAAUGACAUGUUUGUUUAGCAAGGAUCAUAGUGUACUAUAGUUCCUAUUGUUGUAAUACAUUAUAAUAGUUUUGUUAGGCUAUAUAAUGUAUUAUAAUCAUAAACUUAGACGGUAUAAUCAUCAGCAAAACAUUAUAAUUAUGUUUUAUAAUAUUAUUUUUAUCAACAUGGAUGUGCCAAAAGAUGUCAGUAAUGGAACAGCAAUUAUAAUUGCUGAAUAGAGCCUUAUAAAUACGUGGUAGUGCUUAUGUGAGUUAUAAUGUGCUAUAAGCAGAUUAUAAAGCAUUAAUAAUCAAGCAAGAAUGUUUAUAAUUAAUAUGCACAUCAUAGAAGGUUGUACUGUAACAUCACUGCUGUGUUUUUCAAUAAUGUCAUCAGGUUUCUGGCAGGAAUAUUGAGUAUAUGCAAUAUGUGGUUAAUGUGUUCAAAUCUACUGGUACUUUCUUUUUUAUUUAAAGUUUGAACCUCAUUCAAAUACUUGUGUGUGUUGGGAUGAAAUGUAUACUUUUUUUUAUGGUUUAUCUAAUUUUGUGUGAGGUGAGUGAAAAUCUAGCAAAUACAUGUAGUACAUGUCUGCAGUCGAGUGCAGGCUAUAUAGCACUAUAAGAAUAUCUGACCAACAAUAAUUGGGUGCCAAAAGUCAUUCUAACUAGAAGAAAGAUGUAUUAACUAAUAAUCCAGGUGGUUUCUAUGAUCUCAGGUGAUUCUGUGAAUGUGCAGACAAGCUGUUCACUGUGUAAUCUACAUGUAUCAAUUGUGUGUUUUCUAUUGUAGCUGGCAGUGACCCACUUGAAAUGCCAUCAGAGUUAAAAAAAAAAAAUUUAAAUGUGAAAAUAUGUCGAUGUUUAUACUGGAAAUAACAACAUUUGUUAUUGAAAUGUUUCAGGUAAUUCAAGAUAUUUUGUGCUUCACUAAUAAAAAAACAAUCCCAUUCCUGUUGCAUUCACAUUCCACUCUCAAUUCAUAUCGUUUCCUAAUUGUUCGGAAAAAUAAGGUGAGAGAUAUAAGCUGAAUACAAUUUCCUAUAGUCUGUUCAUAUUGCUUUUCUCUUCCUAUGAAAUAGACAUCAUGUUUGGUACUACAGAGUUCACAUAUGUGUUUGUAUAUAAUUAAACACAUAUUGUGUAAACUACACCUUUAUUAACUUGACUGACUGUGAAACAAGUGUUCCUCAACAAAUAAAAAGCAAAUCGUUUUUACAGUUAAGACAAA